AUGAUAAUCAGAUAUGGCCCCAAUUUCCCAUCCGGUAACUACUCUUACAGCAAUGUCAGUGAUGUACGAAUUCAUCCAUCUUAUUUGGCAAAUAUCAAUAAACUGUUCAGGAAUGAUAUUGCUCUCCUAAAAACAGAGCUGAUAGUACUGGAGCAGUACGGCAGACUCAGUGUUCUAGACGCUGCCACGUUAGUUGGUCAUGCUGCACGUGUAUUUGGUUUCGGGAUCAUGAAUGAUGGUGAUAAAGUAGGCCAUGUCGCCGAACUGGGCACUGCGUUACAAGUUGUCUACGUGGUCAUUAAGAAGUGCUCUGAUUUCAGUAGUCUGUGCCUCAGUCCGAAAUGCGGUGAUAUGGCCACUUUAUGUCGUGGAGAUUCUGGAGGCCCAGUGAUACACCCUUCUGGUAUAGUAGCAGUAAAUUCUUACGCGGCAAUCGAUUUAUGUAAUGCAUACCAAAAUACACACAAACAACUAACUGUAUCUUUUGGAGGCGGCGUCAUUCCAGUUAGUCGUUACAUUGAUUGGAUAGCUGAUGUUAUAAAUAAUGGUUCUGUUACUAAAUGA